CAUAUUUUGUUUUUACCGGAUGUAACGUCACAAGUGUUCCCUUGCAGCUGAUUGGACAAGUGUCGAAAAAGGGGUGUUUCUUUAAAAUAGCGCCAGUGGAAGUAAAUAAUCCAUGUUCCUGUUAAAACGGUGGCAAGAGAAAAUAAUAAUCGCUUUUAACUUUCAGAUGUGUGCAUCACGUUUAACGAUGCGUAGACUUAAGAAAGAAGCUCUCGAACAGGUGGAAAACGUCAAACCGAAGCGGAAAAGGCAGCGGACGCUUGGAAAAGAAGAAGAACCCUCGAGUGCUGUUUCGCCCUCCGUCUACCACACGUUCUGUGAGCCUGCUGAUGUUCGUCACCUGCAGACUCAUCUCCUCAGAUGGUACGACCUGGAGAAGAGAGAACUGCCAUGGAGGACUCUGGCGCUAACAGAGCCUGAUGUCAACAUAAGGACAUAUGCAGUGUGGGUGUCGGAGAUCAUGCUACAACAGACCCAAGUCGCCACGGUGAUAGACUACUACACAAAAUGGAUGAAGCGUUGGCCCAGAGUUUCGGAUCUCGCGGCUGCGACACUAGAGGAGGUGAAUCAGAUGUGGGCGGGCCUUGGCUAUUAUUCACGGGGGAAGCGACUGCACGAAGGUGCUCAGAAGGUGAUGUCGGAGCUCGAUGGCCGGAUGCCCGACACGGUGGCCGAGCUGCUCAGACAGCUACCAGGAGUGGGUCGCUACACUGCCGCGGCCAUCGGCUCCAUCGCACUGGGCCAAGUUACCGGAGCCGUGGAUGGCAACGUAAUCCGGGUCCUGUGUCGCGUGAGGGCCAUCGGGGCCAAUUGCACGAGUCCCGCAGUCACAGAGGCCCUUUGGGCUCUGGCGAAUACGCUGGUGGACCCGAAGCGACCAGGGGACUUCAACCAGGCCAUGAUGGAGCUUGGGGCCCGAGUCUGCACGCCAAAGGGACCCCUGUGCGAGCAGUGUCCUAUACGCUCUCAAUGCCACUCUUACCGCAAGGUUCAAGCCAAACGAGAGCAGAAUUCCAAAAGGCUUUUGGGGGAAAAGGACACAAAGCCUCCAGCUCUUCAAGACAUUGAAGAUUGCAGUGCAAGUGGAAUAUGCCCACUAUGUCCACUUGAGCCUUGGGAUGAGGAGUUGGGGGUUCAGAACUUCCCAAGAAAGCCGGCCAAGAAGCCCCCCAGGGUGGAGCGGACAUUAACGUGUGUGCUGACUCGACGUGGAGAAGGAGGCCAGGAGGAGUUCCUGCUCAAGCAAAGGCCAAAUAAAGGUUUGCUGGCAGGCUUGUGGGAGUUUCCGAGUCUUUUGUUGGAAAAGGAGGACAAGUCUGAAAAGAAACAAAAAGCGGCGCUGCGUGCCCACCUCGACAAACACUUGGGAGCACCGUUGAUUGACAGCUCCCUUCAGUAUGUGGGAGAAGUGCCUCAUAUCUUCUCGCACAUCCACCAGACAUAUGUGGUCCACACUUUGCACCUUGGAGACGCCGAGGCGCCUCUGCGGACGGGAGACGUGCGGUGGAUCAGCAGGUCGGCGCUGCAGGAGGCCGCCGUGUCUACGGGAGUCAAAAAGAUUGUGAAGCUUUGCGACUCUGCGAAACUUCAGAAGGAGCUCAACUCUCCAGAUGCAAAGAGGCAAAAGAACGACGAAAGGAAAAGACCAGUACGAAGUACAAGGAAAGGCAAAAUGAAGGCAACCAGUGGUAGCAACAAGCAACUGUCACUCACGUCUUUCUUCAGAACCACCAAGCAGGAACCUUGCUGAAAGUUUUCAUUUUUUUCUGUACAGUGUCAUCUACAUAUGUCUCUGAAUCAUGCUGCUAACAAAGUUAAAUGAGAUAUUAAUGGCCAACUCUCAAUUUUUCUACAUGUCAGUUAAGGAUGUUGAAAUAAUUUCUAAGAUGCUUGAAUAAAAUUACUUUUUUAAGUCCA